AUGGUUCACUCGGAUGCUGAAAAUGCGCCGGGGGCGCCUGAGAUCAUUGCCACGCGCCAGCAAACGCGUUUCCAUAUUGCCGAAGACAAGAGGUCGUCAGAUGUUUCCAUCGAACAAUUGACCCUCUCCAUUCGCACCAGCCCGGUGGCCAGCAAAGCGGGCAAGACAGUGAAGACUGUGAAGUCCAAAGCUGGCAGCGGGGCUGCCAAGACCAAGGAUAUCCUGGUCGACACGAACCUGCGACUCAAGGCCGGCGUCCACUACGGUCUUCUCGGCCGCAAUGGGUCGGGAAAAUCUACCCUCCUGAGGGCAUUGGCGGGGAAGAUGAUACCGGGAUUGUCACUUGCCACCAAGAUCGUGCUGCUGCAGCAAACCGCUACUGGUAGCGGUAGUGACAGCGACACGUCAGCGGCCAUCGAGCCCCGCGAGAAGAAGCCGGUUUUGCAAUACAUACUCGAGGGGGACGAAGAAAAAAACAAACUCUCGGAGGAAUUGAACAUCCUUACCCAGAUCGAUCCCGGGGACGGCGACGAGUUGGGACGGCUCCGCGCAUACCGCCGGUUACUUUAUACACGACUUGCCAGAGAACUUACGGAAGCGCAGAAGAAUGCGGCGCUGCGGAGCGGAGCCAGGGGCUCCCAGGCACGCAAAGACUUGAUCACCAUGGAGAAAAAGGUGGAAGAAGCCCACAACAGAGUGGACAACAUUGAGGAACCGCUCGAUGCCAAAGAAUGUCAAGACGAACUCGCCGAAGCUUCGCGGCUAACAGCUGAGCUUCAAGCCGAUCUAGACGAGCGGCGACUCGGCGAUCAAGAAGCGCGGCCACGAAAGAUCCUUUCGGCGCUUGGCUUCACCGAACAGAUGAUGCAACAGCCCUUCAACGAGCUCUCUGGGGGCUGGCAGAUGCGCUGCAUGCUUGCCAGUACCCUUCUCCAAGACGCAGACAUCAUGAUCCUCGAUGAGCCCACCAAUUUCCUCGACCUUUUAGGGAUCAUCUGGCUCCAGAAAUAUCUCGUCGAUCUCCGGACGGAAGCUAACAAGACCGUCGUCGUCGUUUCGCACGAUCGCGACUUUAUUGACCACGUGUGUGAGGAGAUCAUCAUGAUAAAAGAUGAAUCCUUGGUCUACUUUGAGGGAAAUCUAACCGCGUACGAGGAAGACCUGAAGUCGCGGAGGCAGAACUUAACCCGUCUGAAGGAGGCCCAGGAGAAGCAGACUGCUCACAUGGAGAAGACCAUCGCCAACAACAUCCGGGCCGGAAAGAAGCAUGGGGAUGAAAACAAGCUGCGCCAGGCCGUUUCUCGCCAGAAAAAGCUGGAGGACCGCAUGGGAAUGCAAACCAAUGCCAAGGGCGGGAGGUUCAAGCUAUCAAGAGAUAUGGCGGGAUUUCACAGUUCGAAGCGCGCCGCGAUAGACAUCCCUCCCGAAGAGGCUGCGGUGAGCAUCACCAUCCCUGUCGCGCCCGACCUCCGAUUCCCCGGGGCCUUGGUAUCGUUGGACCACGUCUGGUUCUCAUACGGCCCCAAAGAGGCAUCCAUCAUACAGGACGUAAGUCUCAGCAUUCAUAUGGGAUCGCGUGUCGGCAUCGUUGGCCUCAACGGCAGUGGCAAGUCCACGUUGAUCAAGCUCGUCACCGAGGUUACGUCUCCUACUAGGGGAACCGUCGCCCGCCAUCCCCGACUCAAACUCGGCUAUUACUCACAACUUGCGGUCGAGGAGCUGAGGGCUGCUGGGAUGGCUGAUCCGUCGAUGACAGCGCUGAGCACCCUGGCUGCCGAGGCUGGCGAUGAGAUGGACGAGGCGGACAUGCGCGGCUUCCUUGCUUCGUUUCACUUGGCGGGUAAUACUGCCUCACAUGUCCCGAUUGCUAAACUUUCAGGCGGUCAAUUGGUGCGUCUUGCCUUGGCUCGCAUCGUUUGGAACCAUCCACAUCUUCUCGUCCUCGACGAAGUCACGACCCAUCUCGACUUUUACACGGUACAGGCGCUCAGCCGGUCUCUGAGGGCCUUUAAUGGCGCGCUUCUGCUUGUGUCUCACGACCGGUUUUUUGUCAAGUCGGUGAUCGAGGGAGACGCGGAGUUGCUCGGGAGCGAUGAGGAGGAAGAAGAGGAGGAUGAGGAGGAACAGACCAAGGCCGAGAUGAAGCGGGAUCUGUAUCUCAUGAAGAAGGGGAAGCUGACCCGUCUGGCGAAUGGCGUGCGCGACUUUGAGGAGUCGUUGGAGUCCAGGGUUGACAAGCUGCUUGCCGCUUAA